GCAUUUGACGGACACAAACACAUGUGCUCUGAGUUUGUCUGCAAACGAGUGAUUGUUAUUUGAAUGAAGGUUUCAAUUGACCCCUAAUUACAAGACAUUACAAAACGGGAAAAGUUUUUCUUGUUUACGGAUAUAAUCAGUAGUGUUGAGCACAAAGUGGCAGAUAUGGUGACACAGGAGGACAGCCAGUCUGUGGCCAACGAGUUGGAGACCAAAAUCAUACGACAAAUUGAGUACUACUUCUCGGACAUCAAUCUAAGCAAAGAUAAGUUUCUCAAAGAGCUGAUCCCCAAAGAUGACGGAUGGGUGACGUUUGAGAUACUGUUGACAUUCAAGCGGUUGAACGCGUUGUCCGGAGACAAAGAGGUGAUCGUAAAGGCGUUGCGAAAGUCUUCGUCAAACCUCCUGGAGAUCAGUGAAUGUGAGACCAAAUUGAGACGAAAUCCGGAGAAGCCUUUGCCAGAGAUUAACGAUGAAUACACUCAAGAGCUCAACGAACGGACCCUACAUUUGAAGGGCUUUCCCACUGACGCCAAAUUGGAUGACAUAAUGGAGUUCUGCAGACAAUACGGAACCGUUGAGAACAUUGAGAUGAGAAGACACAUGAAGACCAAGACGUUUAAGGGCUGUAUAUUCGUGGUGUUCGCCACCAAAGACGAGGCGCAGAAAGUGUUGACCGCCGAUGAAGUCAAAUACGACGGCAAAGACUUGUUGCGCGAAAAUAAAGUCACUUAUUGGGCGCGAAAGAAGGAGUUCUCAGAGCGCCGGCAGAGAAAAGGUGGCAAACCUGUCGUCAAAGACGAGAACGCUUCCGGCGAUGGAAAGCCUGAAUCUGUUAUCAAUUCUGUGCGAUUCGCCGGCGCUGUGCUUAAGCUGUCAGGACUGCCAACUGAUGCCAAGUUUUCGGACAUUAAGACACUAUUCCUAAAGUACGGACCCGUGGCUUAUGUGGAGGCCGUCAACGCUCAACAAGAGGUACGGUAUCUGAAGUUUAAAAAUUGUGGCAAAAAAGUUUAA